GCUGACGGGCCGGUGGAGGACAGUGUUCUGUAACAGUAGCGAUGGCGGCGCUGUGUGUGUGCUCGGCUCGGCAGGGCGCUGCGGCUCUCCGCUCUUCCUCCGGCCUGCUGGCUUUGCGGUAUGUCCAGACCGCUGCAGCUGCGGCUCCGGCGGUUCAGCCGCGGAUUAAGAAGUUCCAGAUUUACCGCUGGGACCCGGACACACCCGGAGACAAACCCCGCAUGCAGACCUACGAGGUCGACCUCAACGCCUGUGGGCCAAUGGUGCUGGAUGCUCUGAUUAAAAUCAAGAAUGAGAUGGACUCUACCCUCACCUUCAGACGCUCCUGCAGAGAAGGUAUCUGUGGAUCUUGUGCAAUGAACAUUAAUGGUGGGAACACGUUGGCCUGCCUCAACAAAAUUGACACCAACAUCAGCAAAGUGUCCAAGAUUUACCCCCUCCCACACAUGUAUGUGGUUAAAGACCUGGUGCCGGACAUGAGUAACUUCUACGCUCAGUAUAAGUCCAUUGAGCCGUACCUGAAGAAGAAGGAUGAGAGUAAGCAGGGGAAGGAGCAGUAUCUGCAGACUGUGGAAGACCGACAGAAACUGGAUGGUCUGUACGAGUGUAUCCUGUGUGCGUGCUGCAGUACCAGCUGUCCAAGUUACUGGUGGAAUGGAGACAAAUACCUGGGACCUGCAGUUCUCAUGCAGGCGUAUCGGUGGAUGAUAGACUCGCGUGAUGAUUACACAGAGGAGAGACUGUCCAAACUGCAGGAUCCGUUCUCUCUGUACCGCUGUCACACAAUCAUGAACUGCACCAGAACCUGCCCAAAGGGUCUGAAUCCGGGGAAGGCCAUCGCAGAGAUAAAGAAGAUGAUGGCCACGUAUAAAGAGAAGAAAGCAGCCACUGCGUGAUCUGCAGUCCAGCCCUCCAUAGCAACAGUCCAUAGCAACAAUAUCACAAUAUCAGUAUACAGUACUGACAUACUCGGAGAUAUGUAACCAGCUUCCUGACCCAGCCUAACCAUCCACACACACCCAGCACAGCCUCCUACCACUCCACAAUACAGCAGACUGAUCAGUGUAUGUGUGUGUGAGUGUGUGUGUGUGUGUGUGUGUGUGUGUAUAUAAGAGAAGUUACAUAAAUGUUAAUUUAAUGGAUUCUGCAUUCCUUCAUUACUGUCUGUUAUAUGGUUACAUAGACACAGUUCAUGUGUGUGUGUGUAUGUGUAUAUGAAGACAGGUGUGCAGCACAGGUGUGUGUGUGGGUGUGGUCUGGUCAGCACAUACUAUACAGUCUCCUCCCGCUUCUAUAGGAGAUCAGUUUUGUGUAAUAAAUAAAUGCAUUACGUCCACA